AUGGAAAUCGUCCAUAGUGGUUUUCACAGAGAAAUAAAUUAUUACUUAAAAUUUUCACCGGUAGUAAGCUGUGAUUUACUACUUGUCCAAGAUAUUCCCAGUUCAGUUUAUGUUGACAACGAUCAGCUUUUCAAUCUUAAUAGACUGAAUAAGCUUAAAACUUUUGUGAACAGUUAUGUUGAUGUGGAAAAAUCAACAUCAAAGGCGGAACCUUUUAAAGUUUUUAUCUACAGUCAAGUGAAGAAAAAUCUUAACAUAACACUGCCAGUUCACUUCCGAUAUCAUGAUCCUAGCGAUAAAAAGUUCAAUCGAGUGGAAAUCGAAAGUCCGAAAGUUUACAUAGCAAAUUGUUAUCAAAAAGGAAAAAUUCUUUCACUGCCAUGUCAGAAUAGCACAGAUUUUACAGACAUUAUAGACAUCUCAGCAGUAUCUUACUGCCCCUGGAUUGAGACUGAAAUAGCACCGAUUACAUUGAGUUUCCUUAUUCCUGUUGGUAACAUCUAUUCCUACACGUACGUACUCCCAGUAACGAUAUUUAUCAGUUGGAUUGCUUGCCUCGUCCUAACUCACGUCAUAAUCAAAAAGUCGAGGGAAAUCAACAAAAAAUUGUUAUGA